ACCUACAUUAUAGAACAAGCUUGUAGAUUUAAAGAUGUAUAAUUAACCUCGUUGGCUGUAUACGAGAUAGAUAGGUGUACAUUGCGGCAAUUAUAAUUCAGCAAAGAAAUUAGAAAUUGAAGAAACGAUGAGAGAUGCGAAUUGCCAAUGUCAUGUGAUCACAGGUCAUGUGACAUCAGGGGUCAAUGGUCAUGGUUCAUGGGUCAUGUUGUGUUGUGUUAUGCUUGUUGAAUGGAGAUCGGUGAGUGGGCCUGGCCUAGCUUCCUUUACGGUAGAUCUACACAAGUCUGCUUGGUCUGCAGCUGUUCCCAAUGAACUGCGUCACUCGUUGUGCUGCUUGAGAGAAAAGGCGAGUCCGCUUGAAACAGUUUGGGGUAGACUCCCCGCUCACGUACGAUGAAGAAAGUCCACAGGUACUGAGACAUAGAAGGAAAAUCAUCGAUCAUCAAGCAUCAUGUGGUGUGGCAACUUUCGGUCACUCAGUUGUCCGGGGCUGAACAUGGCUGCGGUUGUGACCCCUGUGCCGAGCUCCCUAGUGCUGAGUGUCUCCAAGAGGACGUGUGCUCUUGCGACAAAGAUCUCGAGGGGCUUGUUAAGAUUUUAUGUAACUCAGACUGAAGGUGAUGCUUCGAGAGAUUCUCCCGAGUCUGUCAAGGUCAAAGUCCCUGAGGGGAAGCCGUUCUCUGAGAUUCCGUGUGUCGACAGCAUCCCCAUCAUUGGACUGAUACGUUUUGCUGUGAAAUACCGAGGUCGAUUUCACGAAUCGCACGAAGCAAACCGAGAAAUGUACGGCCCUAUCUGGCGUGUGAAGGACCCUGGCGUAGACCUCGUCUUCACGGCACAUCCGCAGGGAAUGAAGGAUCUGCUAAGGUAUGAGGGAAAACACCCAAACAGAGUCCCAAUUGGCUUGUGGUUGGACGCUUACCAGAAACUGGGAAAACCUCGGGGACUGUUACAAGCCCUCGGCGAGGAAUGGCAGCGUCUACGUAAGACAGUGGACAAGCCCAUACUGCGACCUAACCUGAUCAGCGGCCAUGUUUCUGGCAUGCACGACGUAGCGGCUGACCUUGUGGACCGUCUGACCGCGCUGAGGGAAGAGGACGGGGAGGUCAAGGACGUUGACCAGGAGCUCUUCAAGUGGGCGCUCGAGUCUGCAUGCUUGGUGUUGUACGACCGUCGCCUGGGUUGCCUCUCCUCACACCCCCAGCCGUCCUCGCUGACCUUCAUCAAGGCCGUCCAGGAGAUGUUCCGCUUGACGGGAGAGCUGGUCUUCUACCCUCCGGCCUUGGGGAAACUCAUCCGGCCGAGAGCAUGGAAGGCUUUCCGGGACAACAUGGACGUUUUGUUCCGUUAUGCGGAGGAGGAGAUAACUCAUCGCUUGUCGGAGACAGACUCCCUCAAUCCCAGCUCGUUCAUUGGCCACAUCCUGUCCCGGGAUUCCUUGACGCCAGAUGAACUGGUAUCCACCGUGACUGAGAUUAUGAGUGCUUCAGUUGACACAACGUCCAACAGCGUGCAUGCCUUACUGUGGGAGGUGGCUCGUCGACCUGACGUCCAGGACAAAAUGUAUGACGAGAUCUCUUCUGUGUUGCCACAUGGCACAGAGGUCACCUACCAGAGGCUGGAAAAACUGGCGUACACCAUGGGGGUCAUCAAGGAGGUCACCAGACUGUAUCCCGUCGGGUUUGUGUCGGCUCGCAUGCUGGAGGAGGGAGCUGUCGUGUGUGGCUAUCAGAUUCCUCAAGGAACACAGGUGUACGUCUCCCACUACGCCCUGGGCCGCAACCCCGAAGUGUUUGAGAACCCGACAGAACUCUGCCCCGAGCGUUGGAUUCGUAACUCUGGCGUGAAACCUCCAGACCCGUUUAGUUACGUCCCUUUUGGGCUGGGCCAGAGAAGUUGUGUCGGUCGGAGGAUUGCUGUGUCGGAGAUGCAGUUGCUUUGUGUUGAGCUUCUCCAACGGUUUCGCUUGAGCACCACAACACGGGAACUGAAGCUUGUUUCUCGCGCGGUUCUGGUGCCUUCUGAGCCCAUACAGCUGACCCUCACUCCACGGUCAUCAUAAAUCCACACAUGAGACGGCGACUGAGACUCUAACAACCUCCCCCCAACCUCCGUCCCACCCCCCAACCCAUCCCCCAACCCCCGUAGAUCCCAAUCUGGAAACCGAACAGCUGUGCAAAAAAAAUCUUCUCUGAGAUGUCCUCAUUUCAAGACUCGACUAGAACAGUGAAGCUUUAUCACCUUUUGUUUCUUGUAUGACACGUUUUUUUCUCCAUAUUUCUAGUGAACAUUUCCUCACAGUCAGCCAGACUUGAUGUCCAACUAGUAGUGGACUUGAUUUCUCCCAAGUUUAGCUCCUUCGAGCCUGUCAGAAAUUUACCACAUAUUAUACGUGCGGCGUGCGACGUGCGACCCACAAAACAUGAACGGAUUGUGUAGCAAAAGGACCCCUCACCCUGUAUUCCUGAGUUAUACAUGAGGCUUAGUUGUAGGUCAAUGUAUGGGAAGUUGACUAGUGGAGCCCGAUGUAACAACUGCUGUCACCUAUGUUUUUUAGUAGAAUUCGAUGUUGUUGCUGUUACGGUACCAUUAUUGCUGUAUGCAAUACAAUGAUAACAAUAUAUCGCUUUUGUGAACUUGCCUGCCAUGUGACAAUUUCUACUUUUUUGUAUACAAUCUUUUCUUAAUAUAUACAUUCAGAUUUACAGAAUGUGGCAUCUAUAUAUAUAGAAUAUUUUAUCCACAUUCAUUCAUAUUAUUAUUACAAUUAUGUUACUUCUAUUUUUGUCUAAAAAAUUAUCUCAAAUGUAUCACUGUUUAGGCAAAAAAUGUGUUAACACCAUGUUUGCCUAAAUUAUGCAGUUAUUACAAAACUCCGUCAGUGUCAUUGACAAGAUUAUUUUCAGUGAUAUCCAGUGGCACAGUGGACUUUGAGCAUAAUUUAAAUGUGUCACAACGCAAUGGAAUCAGGCGCUUGUCAAUUUCUGGGUAAAUGGAGUUAUUGGUAUCUUCUUAAAAG